GUCCACCGUCACACCCUUCUUUGCAGUGCAUGCAUAGAACAACGCAGCAAAAGUUUUGUGCGACAAUGAAAAGAACUCCGCACGAGGGUUGGGAUUCUGCCACCGCCCGGAGUGGCACGCCUCUCUCCCCCGCGGAAAAAUGAGGGUCAAUAAAUACAGACAGCCGUCCGCCUUCGCUCUCUCCGCAACCCCUCCCUUUCUUCAGCACCCUCCCUUAUCUCCAGUCCAGUCCCCUCACCAUGAGCACCACUAUGACGGUCACCGAAACGCCAAGGAUUACAGCCGAGAAUGUUGCGACCCUCUUCCCCGAGGUCGAUACUUCGCUCGCCCGCGAGGUGCUCCCGACUGCGACAAAUGCCCCUGCCGCCGGGUCCAGCGACGACCUGGCCGGCUACGAUGAGGAACAAGUUCGUUUAAUGGAUGAGGUGUGCAUUGUGCUGGAUGAGGAUGACAAGCCUAUUGGUAGUGCCAGCAAGAAAGCUUGCCAUCUGAUGACGAACAUUGACCGCGGUCUUCUCCACCGAGCUUUCUCCGUUUUCCUCUUCGACUCCAACAACCGCCUGCUCCUACAACAGCGCGCCACCGAGAAGAUCACAUUCCCGGACAUGUGGACGAACACCUGCUGCUCCCACCCGCUCGGCAUCCCCGGCGAGACUGGCUCCGAGCUCGAUGCUGCCAUUCUCGGCGUGAAGCGCGCGGCGCAGCGCAAGUUGGAUCAAGAGCUGGGCAUUAAGGCGGAGCAGGUGCCGUUGGACAAGUUUGAGUUCUUCACCCGCAUUCACUACAAGGCGCCCAGCGAUGGCAAAUGGGGAGAGCACGAGAUUGACUAUAUCCUCUUCAUCCAAGCCGACGUCGAUUUGAACGUCAACCCGAACGAGAUCCGCGACACCUGCUAUGUUUCGGCCGAGGAAUUGAAGCAGAUGUUCGAGAAGCCCGGACUCACGUUUACGCCCUGGUUCAAGCUCAUCUGCAACUCGAUGUUGUUCGAGUGGUGGAGCCACCUCGGCUCUCCCUCGCUGGAGUCCUACAAGAACGAAAGGGAGAUCCGUCGCAUGUGAGAACGCGUGGCGGUGUGAGUUGGUCGGUGGUGACGGGGUAGUCUCUUGCAUUUCAUACAUAUUUUUAAUAUCCCUUAUUUAUUGCUGCUGUGCUCGCAUGUGCAAGUUCUUACUUGAUAUCUCGGUUUUACUUAUUCCCCUC